AUGGGUCUGGCAGUUGCCAGUGCCUUGGCUGAACGGGGUAAUUGGAAAGUACACCUUCUCGAUAUCAGCGAGGAACGGGGCUCGAAUGCGGCCAAGGAGUUGCCCAAUACCUUCUUCCACCAGGCCGACAUAAGCAAUUACAGCAGUCUAGCUCGUACGUUUGACAGCAUUUUCUCCAGCAGUGGCAACCGCCUGGACUUCGUCUUUGCCAACGCGGGCGUCAUCGAGCGGACCAACUUCUACGAGACCUCUACCGAGCCAUCUGGGAGCGUCGCGGAGCCGGAUCUGCGUACCAUCCAGGUGAAUCUGAACGGAGUGAUCUACACGACAGUGCUGGCCGCCCAUUACUUCCGCCUGUCCCCUCAUGCCGGCAAAGGGACCUCCCUGGUCAUGACCUCCAGCUGUGGCGGACUCUAUCCCUCGCACUACUCGCCCAUUUACACGGCGUCAAAACACGGCGUCCUUGGCUUUAUGAGAUCCGUGGCCCGCCCGUUCGCUCAGGACGGCAUCCGGGUCAAUGCGAUCUGUCCCGGAAUCGUGAAGACGAACCUGGUUGAUGCGCAAGGGUGGUCCAACUUCCCGGCAGACCGAUUCAUCCCCGUGGAGCGGAUUGCUGAGAUAGUGAUUCUGUUGAUCGAUGGCGGGGAGAUGGUCGAUGCUGCCGAUAUUCGUGUCUCCUGCGCAGUUGGCCGAGCGGUGGAGCUGUCCGGCUCGAAUUAUUACUUCCGCGAACAGCCUGAAUUUUGUGACAGUGAGAUGAAGGAAGUCAUGGGAGCCACCGAGUUGGAGAACCAGGUGGGGGGAGUCCUCAGUGGUUGA